CGAGAGCGCAGGAUGCACCCGACGUCCAGGUGACGCUGUCGGCUCCACCCGAGGAACAUGUCAUGGGAUUCUAUAGAGUCGCGAGACUUCCUCGGCGGGGUACCAGCCCAUCAGCUGUCGGCAACGCGGCUGCUGAGCUCCCCGGACCCCUCACAUCACCUCGAUGAGCCGCCAGAGCUACACUCGUUCGCUGAGGACUGCGGGGAGCGGAAUGGCGCGCUGCGCUGGGGCUCCCGUUUCGGCCCCGCGCACCGCCCGCCUGCUACUGCGGGGCUGCUUGACUGCUUCCGAGGGUGCCGUAUGCGCAUCGAUCAAUACCUCGCUAGGAGGAAGAUCGAGCGGGGCGUGCGCCUGUACGGGCAGAAUGAGCAGCAACUGGCAGUGAAAGUGUGGCUAUCGGCGCUUAGAGGGGUCCGGCACAGGAGUGACCGCUUCGCUCUGCUUGGCCACCUGUACCAGGCGUACAAUGACUUUGGAAAGUACAGGGAAUCCCUGGAAUUUGCAAACCGCCAGCUCGGGAUAUCGGAGGAGCUGGAUUCCGCCCCGAUGCGCGCUGAAGCCUACCUCAAUCUGGCCAGGGCACAUCAGACCUUGGGUGGACUGGACAGAGCUCUAUCAUAUGCCCGCCAUGCGUUGUACAACGACUGCGGGGGAGGCUCCACCGCUGGCUGCGUUCAUCUCACCGUCGCGGCCGUCAGCUUGGAACUCGGCGCCUUCUCCAAGGCCAUGGAUGGCUUCCAGAAGGCGCUGGGAGUUGCUCAGGCGCAGGGCGACAACACUUUACUAUUACAGGUGUACGUCGGUCUAUCCGAGCUGUGGCGUCGUCUGCGCGACGCGGAGCGCGCGGUGGCGUGCGCGGCGCGCGCGUGCGACCUGGGCCGCGGCCCGCGGGCCGCCGACCUCAACACCAGACACCACAGAAUAGCGCUGCUGCAAAUGGCGGCCGCUUUACGGGCUAGAGGGGAGCUUGGCGAUGCCCAUGACUAUUGUAACGAGGCGCUAAGGCUGGCGGCGGUGGCGGGAGACCAAGGCAGCUACGCGCGAGCCGUGCGCAUAGCCGGGGAUGUGUACAGACGGAAAUGCGAUAUCGGGAAAGCUCUAAGACACUACGAAGUGGCAAUGGGCGCUGGUCAAGCCCUAGGAGACCGUUUAGCUCAAAUGGAAGCGAUGGACGGCGCAGCGCGCUGUCUGGAAGCUCUUCGGAAGCAGGGUCGCAUCUGUAACUGCCGUCCGCUUGAGUUCAACACUAGGCUGCUGGAGGUAGCGACAUCUGUUGGGGCUAAGAUGCUGGUCCGCCGCGUUCGUCUCCGCCUCUCCGAGAUCUAUACCGCACUGGGCGACAAUAACGCAGCGGCGCGUCUCAAGCGCGCGGCGGCCGCGUGGGUAGCCCCAGCCUGCGCUCGGUGUAGAGAGCCCCUAGCAACACAGCCAGAGCCGCUAGCUUCACUACCGUGCGCGCAUAUAGUACACCAGGCUUGCAUGCCUGAGUCAUGGUCGCGUCGGUCGGUCCGCGGCGCGCAGCCCGAGUGCGCGGAGUGCGCGUCGCCUGCGCGGGCGCCGCGCGUGCCGCCGCCCCCCGCACCGCCCGCGCCUAGGGACUUGCCCGAUCAGGUAUGGUGA